ACACUUCGAUUAAAAACAAUGAUGAUUCUGUUCAACCCGACAUACUAUCAAAGCAAUUCAAAGCAUUCAAGUUUAAUCAAAAAAAAUUUACUGCAAAAAAAGAUAUUCUUUCUAUGGAAUGCAUUUCUGGAAAGCAAACUACGCAACCUUCAGAUUUGUCAAGCUCAUUACAAUCAAAUCAACUAGAAAAUAAAAUCUCAAAUUUUGAUGAUCAUAGACAUUUACCAACUUCUCCUUCAAGUUCUACAUCUUGGGGUGGUCGAUCUAAGUAUUCAUAUUACAGUCCAAGAUCGAAGCCUAUCAUGGAGAGAAACGUUGAUUAUCCAAGUUAUUCAAGUCAUUAUUACAGAAGAUCAAUUAUUAAACCUCGACCAUAUAGAAAGAUACGACCAUAUGAUAACAGAUAUCAUAGAGUGUUUCCACCUUUUCGUAGUGAAAUAAAAAGUUUUAAUCCUACAUAUUCUCACAAAGUUUGGAAAAAUGAUUAUACGUAUCCAAAAUUUUCUGAUUCAUCUCCAAAAUUCUCUGAUCCAUCUUCAAAAUUUUCCGAUCCACCUCCAAAAUUUUCUGAUCCAUCUUCAAAAUUUUCUGAUUCAUCUCCAAAAUUUUCUGAUCGUUAUCUUAGAGACAGAGAUUCUACUUCUGUGGGCGAUAGUUCAACUCAACACACGGAUCGAUUUUCGUCGUCGUCGUCAUCUUUUAUAAAUAAUUUACCAAAUUCUGAAUCAACUCUACCUGAAUCUUCACAUCAAUCUUCUAACAAUCAUAAUCUUAUCUCGGUUCCUAAAUCCAGAUCGGGUACGGAUAUAGAUCCCAUGGAACUUGAUAAUAGUCAACAAAACACUACUCCUGCUGCUACUUCAAUUUCUUCUACUACGUUAACAAAUCCUUCUACAACUUCCAAUAAUAAUACCGAUAAAAAACAAUUUUCUCUGGAUAUAUCUUCAUUCAUUCCAUCAGAAGCAAUGAGUUUAUUGGAUGACAAGAUGUCAAUUAAUGGUGACAAUGGUGAUAAUGGAUUAAAUACUAUUCAAAAGAAUUCUAUGGAAAAUAAAUUUACAAAAAAUUUACCACCAAUAGAUGAUUAUCGCGUGCAUAAACCUGGAAGUUUUAUUCCAGCUCGACGUCAUAGUUAUUUUCCCAGAGAUAAGUAUAAGAAUGUGGGAACUCGAUUUUAUGAUGAGCAUAAUAGAAGAUUUAAUAACAAUGAUCAUCCUAUACAUUACCAUGAGAAUUAUCAAAGGGAUAUUGAUUAUCAAAGAAAUCCAAGGUAUCAUCAAAGAAAUAUUGAUUAUCUUCGAGAUGAUAAACCUUUAAGAAGUGAUAGCUAUGAUAGUAAUUUCAAUAAUGAAAAAAGAGUCAAUAUUCAACAAGAUUAUCCUCUUCGAAAUAAUAGACAUGAUUCACAUCAUAUGACUUCUGAUAUAAAGGGAAAUUUUGAGAUUAAUAGAUAUCAUCAUUCACAAAUUCAUAGAGUUUAUAACCCAA